AUGGGAACUUGUGACUUACCUGAUGCAAAAGAGAUGAAUGAAAAUGAUAAGUUAUUUCAAAGAGUAGUUUCGGAGAAGCAAUGGGCUAAUAUCUGUCAAUUAAAUAGCUCAGGUGAAAGGGGUAAGGAGAAAGAAGAAAAGAAAAUAGCGCAUGAACAUAUGACGCUAAAGGUUGUUUCACCUCAUCAGCAAGCUUCUGCAGCAAUUUCUCAUCAGCCUGCCUCUGCUUUUAUUUAUCAACCGAAUUCAUAUUUGCAAAAUUCCAAUGUUUCUACUUCACUUACUCCACAGACUCCUGUUCAACAAAAUCAAUUAUUAGACAGUUCAUUAUCAUUGUCCACCGGGAAAGCAUUAAACGCGAAUUUUCCGAAAACGAGUGAACUCGAAGGGCAAACUUCAAAAUCUGUAUCGGAAUCUUGUGGAGUAAGCAUGUCACCUAAAGAAAGCGGGUCCAAAAGUACAAAUAAAAAAGGAUCACCAAUUAAACCUAGACCGGUUGUUCCUUCAUCCAAGGGGAAUGUUUCUUCGACUAUUGCUUCAAAUCUAGUGCCUGUUAGUGCAUCGUUACCGAUGAUGUUUAUGCCGCAAUUGGGUUCUUUUUCUGGCCCUGCAUUGCCAGUUGUAAAUCAUGGACAAAUUGUACAUCAACAGCUUAUGUCUGCUGCGCCUAUGCAAACACAAGUGAUUCCUGUUUUCCAACAACAACAAAAUAUUCAGCGUGUUUUGAUAUCUCAAUCACAACCAUCGACCGCGACAACCAACGAAACAAGUAAUGUGCAACACGUAUGCACGCGAAAACGCUUAAACGAGGAUUUGAAUAGCGUAGAAAGUGGUGUUGAAAAUGAGCCUCCACCUUUGUUGGAACAAGGAGGAGAAUCUAAAGAUGCCAUUGAUCUGCAUAUGUUAUUUGAAAGAGAAGCUGAGAGAUUUUAUGCAAAAGUAGAUCCUGGCGGAAUAAUUACAAGUGUCGUUGAUGGUUACAUUAUCGAGGAAUCUGAUCAACCAUUUCCAAUUGAACCACUCUAUAUGCUUGAUGUUUAUGCUGAUGAUAAGGAUGAUAAUGUAACGGUGGAAUAUGAGCAGAUUGAUAUGAAAAAAUUUUCAUAUGAAAAAGUGAAAAAAUUUCUAACAAAUGUUAUAACUAUUUCUAAUGAAUAUUUAAAUAUUUUGAAUCAGUUAGAUCGAUUGCUUCAGAUGGAUUUCGGCCCUGCGCAAGGUCGACUUUAUGAUAUUUUGAAUACGCCAUCUUCAAAUAAAUUAGUAGAAACCAAAGAUGAAAAAGUAGAAGAAAAAAAAGAAGAAACCGUUGAGAUGUCUGUUGAAGCUAAAGUGGAUGUCGAUUUAUCGCUGGAAGAUAAAAAGGACGAAAGUAUUCCUGAUUUAAUAAUUACUCCAAUAACGGAAGGCUCACUAAAUUGCUCGAAAAGUAGUGGCGAUACAUCGAAUCCCAUUGGUGCAACGAAUUUUUCCGAUGAAGAACCCGAUACUGAACGAUGUAAUUAUUGUAAUGGUCUUUUGCGUUUAAAAAGAAAUGAGCAGCAUCCACAAUAUUGUUCCAAAAAGUGUAGAAAACUAUGGAAGAGGAUUCCGCUUGAAGAACAAAAUAUGAAAGCGAACACUUCUAAAGUUCCAUUAUCUUCAUCGACACCAAAUGCAUCUAGUUCUUCAAGAGAUGCUUCACGGUCAUUUUCAAAGCCUUCAAGUGUAACAAGUGGCUCUCCACCAACUGAAAAUUUUACAGCUGAUCCAAAUCAGCGACCUGCUCCAGUAUUAACACUGAAAAUGGUUUCUCCACAACAAGCUACUAUAGUUAAGCCUUCAAAAUCCAACGAUGGAUUAGCAAGUGAUCGACCGGAUGCAACAUUCUCAUCAUCUUCUUCAGAUACUUCAACUAAACAUUUCUCAACGCGACCCACUCAUACCUGGACUUGUGAAGAUGUAUCAAAAUGGGUCUUAUCAGUUACGGGCUCAAGUGAUUGUGCGCAACGGUUUAUAAAUGAGGAUAUUGAUGGAACUUCUUUACUUUUAUUAGCAAAUUCAGAACAGAAUCUUGGAACAUUGCUUGGCCUAAAGGUGGGACCACUGGUGAAAAUUAAUAAUGCUUUAAGGGCCCUUACAAAUAAAUAG